AUGAUGAUGAUGAUGAUGAUGAUGAUGGAUGAUGAUGAUGAUGAUGAUGCGGAUGACGAUGAUGAUGAUGAUGAUGAUGAUGAUGAUGAUGAUUAUGACGAUGAUGAUGAUGAUGAUGAUGAUGAUGAUGAUGAUGAUGAUGAUGAUGAUGAUGAUGUUCGGGUGAUGAGAACAAUGCAGCUAUUUUGUGUUUUUGAUUUUGGGUAA